CUUAAGUUGAUGCCAACUUCCUUCUUUGAGAUUUUACACACACACAGGGCUCAGAGUUUGCUGUCGGGUUAGUAAAAUGGAAGGGAUCUAUUCUAAUGUGGAUCAUUCAAACCAAAAAUGCUCUCAUUGCAGGGGUAAUCAAGUUUCUUCCUCAAAGCGGACUAAAGUUCUUCUGAUCGUUCUCAGUGUCUCUCUUGUUUUGGCUCUUGGAGGUCUCUGUGUUCUGGGGAUAAUGUAUGCUGGUAAAGUCAACUUGUGUGACACUCUGACUGACCGGAAGCUUUCUAAACUACAGUCAGAUCCAGAGAACUAUGGUCAUGAAGAGCUCUUGCACAAGUACAAGAAAGUCACAAAAUGCUUCUCUUCUUGCACUGAAUUCAUAGAUCCGGCUUGUAAACUCUGUGCGAACGGUUGGAUAGCACAUCGUGGAAAGUGCUAUUUCUUUUCUUCUAAAAAGCAGACAUGGUUUGAGAGUCGUGAUUCAUGUGUAGCAUCAGGUGCUCAUCUGGUCAUAAUAAACAAUAAAAAAGUACAGGAUUUUCUGGUCUCUAAAGUUAAUGAGACGCACUGGAUUGGUCUCAAUGAUCUGGACACUGAAGGACACUGGGUUUGGGUGAAUAACCAAACUCUCAGUGAAACUGGAGUACAGUUCUGGCAUACAAGGAAAUCUGAGCCGAAUGAACCUGAUAACUGGAAACAAGUGGAUCCUUCUGGAGAGAACUGCGCUAGUAUGGGAAAUAGGGCAGGCACUGUUAAAAAAUGGUUUGAUAAUUCUUGCAAAGAACAGAAAAAGUUCAUCUGUGAAAUUAAAUAUGCAUUCCCCCUCACUGAUGAUAACUAAAAGAGGAAACACACUGUAAAUAAACAGAUGGAAGUUCAUAUUAAUAGUAUUACAAUAAUGAUCUUUCAUGGAGGAUCUUUAACUCUAGAUCAGCGCAAUCCUUUUAUUUGUAAUUUGCAUAUUAAGUUUUAAUGCUGUGUUUUCCCCCACUGGAAUGCACUCAAAGAGAACCAGAGCUUUAAUGCUGAGCACACAUUUAGAGAAAUCACACAGGUGUCGUUUUCUAAAUGUUUUGCUCACUUCUCAGUGUUUCGAGUUAAUGUCUUGUACAUCCGUCUAUACUGUGCACUGUCAUGUGUUUGGACUGAUUUUGCUUGAUAUAUUACUAUUGUUGUAACCUGGAAUUUUUUUUUUUAAAUUUCAAAAAAGUCUAAAGUGCCUUUGUUCAAUUAUAAAGAAGCUUUUGUGGAA